CAGACUAAAGGGGAGUGGCACCCCCUUGCCUCCAGAGCUAUUCUAUUGGAUUCUAUACCUUCAAUUAAGUACGUAUCAGAUGAACAACUCUUCUGUGACAAGGAAACAAAGUAGUGAAGUAGGUAAUGAUUUUAAUAUCAAGUGUAUCGACUUUCAGUUGUGGAAAUUAACAUUGUUAUAUGGGACUUGCAUAUAACGAUAUUCUUUAAAUGUACUUUAUGAGGGAAUUCUCAAUUAUGGCGUUCUGUAUCUAAUUGGUAUUGGCGACGUCAUUGCUUGCUUUAGAUAAUUACAUGUUCUUUCAGCAAUGCUCUUUGUUUUAAGGUGAAGAAAUAGGAUUUUGUUGCCGCAAAUAAACUCGCAAGUGCUGUGCGAGCAUGGGGAAGUUCACGAAACUAUUGUGGUUUGGGACGCGUGCUGGUAUAGCAGGCGGUGCGGUGUAUGCUCUUAACGAGCAGCGCGUGUGGAGCAGCGACACCGACACGCGCGCCAUCUACGAGCGCGCCAGACAGACUGUGCCGCAGGAGGUUGCCGACUUUUCACAAACUUACAUCACACCGUACGUGCCUAGCAAGAAGUACCUGCACCUUGACCUGAGUCAGCACUGGAACAACGCUGUGCUCGCCACGUUCGGUUUUCUGUCUCGUCUCCCCGAGCUCACGGCCGACGCGGCGCAGUACACCGCCGCGCUCGCCACCCAAGCGAUGGCCGCCGUCGCCGACGCCGCUCCACUGGAGGAGCAAAGCGAGAAGCCUGCUGCUGCUGCUCAGGACUCUGUGGCCCACAAACAUCAACAUGAAAACCUGGCGAACACAGAAGAUCAAGCCUCUGAUCAGAAGUAGACAUGCCAUUUUUUGUGUCAGAAAUUUGUUCUAUAUUUCAUGUUCUUCAUAAUUCUAAUUAAGUGGAUAAAUAGCGAGUAUCGGAAAGUAGUUAGAAAUCGCAAAUUAGGACGAUUAAAUGAAAAAUUAUCCGGGAAGAUUCUAGCUAAUUUCUCGUGCACCUUUUCCCCUCACCCCCAAGUAACCGUUGGGUUAUCGUUUACACAAUGUAGCUGUCAAUAUAAUGGUUAGUUUUCGGUCUUUAAGCCCUUAACUAUCUCAUAGUUUGUGCUCUCAACGCUGAGUGGUUGUUUCUCCAUUGUCGGCAAUGAUAGAAGCAUUUAUCCCGGUUCCAUUUUUUGGCAGCAAAAAACCAUAUAUGUAAAUAAUGUUACGAUUAUGUGAAGUUUUCUUUUAAA